UUUCAGGCUCAUCAUGAAGUUAGCGACUGCCGGGAUCAUAUGUAUCCUGAUGUUGAUUAAUUGUGGACUCUUUGUGAAAACAGACCAAAUUGAGGCCGGAAAUACCAGCAGCAUUACGGAAAAGUCUACAGACACUGCAACGUUGGAUGUGUCUAUCGAAGAAGUUGGUGCUACUUACGAUUGUUUCGCUUGGUGGCAAGAAACGGGAUUUCUCUUCUGGGCAUCGCUUUGCGGAAUUGUAUUGACAAUCCUGAUGUACCUCUUCACCAGCCGCCUUAUCAAAGAGGUCCGUAGAAUGAAGAAAGAAAGCAAGCUUCUCAUCCGUCUUAGGAACUACUUCUCGGACUUCCUCGCUGACCCGUGCAGUUCGAGAAACGCCUACGCAAAAGCAUACGGAAAGGAAGACAACGAAAGCAUCAAAAGUGAAACCAUCUCUGUGGACCUUGAUAUGAUUAUUUGAAUUAUUUGUUUUUUUUGUAUUGGUUUGAAGUUUCCCGUAUUUUUCGUUGUUCUAGUAGUUAUUUUUCAAGUUUUCCUUUUUUUUUUCUAAUGUUUUCUAAACGUGCUCCUUUGUCCCUCUCUGCCUUUUCUGACACAUGGGUGUCUUGAUUGCUCACUUCGAAAACCAAACCAGUUGAUGAUUUUAUUUUCAAAAAAUUUUUGAUUUUAAAGUAUAAAAGCCUCUCAGUAAACCGUUUGAAUUCC